AUGUUCGUGAGCCAGCUCUCGAUUAUCACAGAACUGCGGCGAGCCAGCAAGUCGCACAGCAGCGUGCCCAUGCUGCAGUUCCUGGUGUCGUUUCUGAGCUCAGUGCUCUGGCUCAAGUACGGUCUGAUCAAGGCCGACGCAACCAUCACCUUUGUCAACUCCCUGGGCACGCUGAUCGCCGCGUACAUUCUCGGCUGCUUCUGGUACUACGCGCCCAGCCGCGCCUCCGUCGAGACCCGCGUUCUGGCCACUGCACUAACUGCCCUGGUACUGGUAACCCUGGUCGACCGCGCUACCGACCCGGCCGCCGUUGAUGCAUUCAGCCUGGUAUGCUGUCUGAUGACAUUGGUGUUUUUGGGCUCGCCGCUCAGCCAGAUUGGCAGCGUGGUGAGGCUGCGCGAUGCCUCGGUGCUGCUGCCGUCGGUCACGGUGCUGGCGUUCACCAAUAAUGUGCUGUGGACGGUCUACGGGUACUUGCAUAAUGACCCGUACAUGCUGUUUCCGAACUCGAUUGGCGCUGGGCUGUGUGCCGGGCAGCUGGCGCUGAUUGCGUACUACGGCCGGGCGGCGGCUCAGGCUGCACACACGCACACUGGCGGCACAUUGGAAAUGACCACGGUCGCGUAG